GCCAUGCACCACUGUAUUGUGUUCAAAACAAUCAUGACUUAGUCAAUUUAUAAUAAUUUAUGAAACUCAUUUUUAUUAGUUUAGUUUUAUCAAUUAUGAAAAUUAGAAUCCGGGUGGUAGUAGGGAUUAUGAUGUUUCUUGGUUAUUUUCUAAUAUACAUUGCGCGAUAUAACCUAAGUGUACAUAUACUCGACAUGACCCGUGUAACUACUUCGGAUAUAAUAAACAUGCAAAAUAUAAAUACAACCACUAUUACCAGAACUAGCGAGACAAGACAAGGGCUCACAGUUGGUGUUUUAUUUAUGGAUGAUUGGAAAAUUGGCCUUCUAUUUAGUGCAUAUCACGUUGGAUACUGUGUUUGUUUCCCUAUAUUUCACACCGUUGGAGACAGGCUGGGACCUACAUGGAUAGUGGGCAUUGCUGGAAUGAUUUCUGGAAUUUCCAAUUGCCUAACUCCAGCUGCAGCCCGUUACAAGUUUUGGUUAUUGUUUGGAGCUCGAGUCGUGGUAGGAUUUUGUGCGGGCGCAAUGUCCCCAAGUAUGGUACAGCUUUUGCGGCAUUGGGUGCCACCUACGGAAAGGCAUUAUUUCAUGUGGGCUUAUUGUGGCAUAACGGCAGGGACAUUUUCGACUUUUAUUAUAUGUGCUGCAUUGCAAUAUUAUGCUCGUUGGCCUGUGGGUUUUUAUUUUACUGGCGGUAUACAAGUACUGUGGGCGGCGACAUGGCUUAUUGUUGUGGCUGACUAUCCGCAAAAACAUGCUUUUAUUCCGAGAGAUGAAUUAAUUUAUUUGAUUAAUACUAUAGGGACUACUUUUACUAUAAAGUUGACGAACUCGCAAGCUCCAUGGCGGCUCAUACUAAAAUCUGUUCCUUUUUGGGCUCUGUGUGUGUUAAAUUUUGGAUACGCUUGGCUAAUUACUUCUGUGUGUGUACACGGUCCCAUCUAUUACACUAGAGUGAUACGAUAUAGUAUUUAUACCGCUUCAGCUUUAACUGCAAUGCCAUUUUUUCUGCGGUUGGUACUCGGCACGUGCAUCCUACAAGUGUUUUAUUGGUAUAAACACAAUGAGCACAUAAUGAGAGUAAAGCGGCUAAGAAAAUAUUUCAUUGUUGUGUCUCACGUAUUACCAGGGCUAAUUAUAUGCAGUUUAUGGGCUAUACCAGUGGUACCCGGGCCUGUCCUUAUAACAAUUACUGUAGCCUUGACAGCUGCGGGAAUGGACCUCACUUUGGAUCUCUGUUAUGAGUUAUCGCCAACUUUUUUUAAUUCAAUAUAUACAGUUAUCAAGAUAAUCGGAAAUGUCCCUGGAAUUAUAGUGUCGCUCUCAGUAGGAUUUGUAACAAGCAAAUAUAAAGACUAUGCGUACGUCUGGAAACAUAUAUGGUGCUUUCAUGCCCUAGUGUUAUUAUUAAGUGGAAUAUUUUUUUUAAUAUGUGGUGAAACUACAGUACAAUCAUGGAAUAACGUAAGGGACAGGCCUCUUCAAUCACGACCAAAUCAAAGGCCUCAUUACUUAUCUAAUAUAAUCGAAGUGGAUGAAGACGAUAACACGAUUCGAACAUCCAGUAAUCGUAAAAGUAGUUCUAUAAAUAAAAAGCAAAUAACGCCAACUCAACUAUAG